AUGGAGACAUAUACAAGAUACAAUACCCUCACCAUCUUGUUCGCUGCGACAGGCUCCCUGUUUUCAGGGUUUGCCUUGGCCGUCGUCACCACCACCUUGGGCCAACCCACCUUCUACGCGUCCUUGUCGCUCGUUGCAGACCCGACUGACCCCGGCUACUCGCAUACGAACACCAUCAUCGGCGCCAUCAAUGGAGUUUUCUUUGCCGGUGGCUUCUUUGGCACUCUGAUCUCUGGCUGGACUGCCGAUAGAUUCGGGCGCCUGAAUGGCUUCCGCUUCGCGGCCGUGCUGGGGAUCGUGGGUGCGGCGAUUCAGGCAGGAUCGGUCAAUGUUCCAAUGUACCUCGUCGCACGCGUCAUCACUGGUCUCGCAGCAGGAAACACCCUUGCUGCCAUGCCAACCUACUACGCAGAGGUCUCGCCGCCACGCUCUCGUGGUAUGAUGACCGGCGCCCAUGGAAGUUUUAUCAAUACUGGCUACUUGUUGGCGGGAUGGAUUGGAUUUGGCUGCUAUCACGCUCCGAGCACGACCUUCUCCUGGAGAUUCCCCAAUGCCGUGCUCGGGCUUCUCGGCCUGGUCCUGAUGACCGGGACAUUCUUCAUCCCUGAAAGCCCUCGAUGGCUCGUCCAGCGAGACCGUGGCGAGCAAGCAUACGCCAUCCUUCGCAAGCUCCAUCACGAUCCCCAUGACCCGGAUGACCACUUCGCUCGACGAGAACUAGCCCUGAUCCAGCGUCAGCAAGCGGCCGAUGCGGCGGUCCUGGCACAAGACGGCAAAUGGCAACUGUUCACCGCCAAAACGUACCGGAAAAGAUUUAUCCUAGCCUUCCUGAUCAUGGCAGGCGGCCAGAACAACGGAACACUGGUCAUCAACAACUAUACCGUCCUGCUGUACCGGUCUCUCGGACUCGACAACCAGAUGGCGUUGAUGCUCAGCGCCAUCUACAAUACCCUCGCGGCCAUAGCAAACUUUGCCGGGGCUUAUUGUAGCGACAAGAUCGGCCGCCGGAGAGGCUUAUUGUGGGGUUUCAUCCUCAACAUGUCCAUGUUCGCCGUUGCGACUGGUCUCAUCGCCAAAUAUAGCACCGACGAGUCCAAGGGGAUUGCUGCUGCCGCAGUCGCCUUCCUUUAUCUCUAUGUGAUUGCGUAUGGGGCACUGAUUGAUGUGAAUCAAUUUACUGCCGUGACGGAAAUCUUUCCCUCGCACCUCCGCAGCGAGGCCACAUCGUACUCUAUCUCGGCCAUCUUCCUCAUGGAUGUGCUUUGGCUGGAGCUGGCUCCCACCGCCACAGCGACCAUCGGAUGGAAAUACUAUCUGGUCUUCAUCUGCCUUGGCAUUGCGCAUACUAUUCACAUCUAUUUCUUCCUGCCCGAGGCCAACGGAUUGCCCUUGGAAGAGAUCGAUGCGCUCUUUGGAAAAUCCGUUGCUGCACAUCUGGCGGAUGCCAAUCUGGAGGACGAAGAUAAACAAGUCGCCGGAUCAGACGCCGGCCGGCCGUCCAAGGAAGGACCCACCACCAUGCAUGUGGCCAUGGCUUAA